AUGGGUUGGAAUUCCCCUGAGGACGCUAUGCCGUGGGUGGGUUUAUAUGUUUGUUUAGCGUCUUUUCUUUGUAUUAUAGCAAUGGCAGCCGAUGCCUUUGAAGGCUUUCGGCAAUGGAAACUUUGGUUUCCAUGCAAAUUUUUCACCAUCAAUGCUGCUUCCCUCACACUCAUAGCGAUAGCAAUGAAGCUACCCGUGGAUCUAACCACUAAUAUGUCUAGAGGUAUUGAUUCUACGGUUAAGCUUGUUAGCAUCAUGUUCUUGGUAACCAUGUUAGCCAACUUUCUUCCUUCUUUAGGGCUUAUGAAUGACAAGGAACUUCUGAUGAACAUUUUAGCCUUUGGUAUCCUCAUAAUUACAAUAAGUGUAAAUGUGUGGAUCCAAUUUAGUACCAACGCUUCUUUUGCACCUCCGAUAUAUUUACUCAUAUCUCUAUUUCCCCUUCCAUGGCCAUUCUCGAUAGCUUUGAUAGUUCCGGCAUCUAGAAGAAUUUUGGGAAACCGAUACAAGGAGAUUCAUAGGUUGGACUCACAUGGUCAACAAGUCAACUUCUCAUCCAAGGAACUUGUACAUCAUGUUAAAAAGUAUUGGAUGAUGGCAGAAACUGGUAACCCCCAAUUUGUUAUUGCUUGUUCUUCGAUUUCUUCUGCUUUUGGGGUUAUAUGCUCACUCCUUGUUUGCAUUUCACUUAUUUUCUUAAUAACCUUGUUUAGUGAGAUAUCAAAUUUUUGGCAUGGAGAAUCAGAUUAUAAGUGGUCGAUCGAUUUGAUUAUCACGGUACAGUCAAUCGGGGUAAUCAUAGGUAGUAUAGCACCAAUUUUUAGAUGGUUGACGUCUAUCAGUUAUUUCAGUCUCUCCAAGAAAUGGAGCAGGAACCAUUUAAAUGUAUUCAAAGUCGAAAAACAUUGGAUUAGAAAGCUUCAACAAUGGAAAGACAUCCAUGUGCUUUCACUCAUCCCAGGCUUUUAUUGCAAAAUAGUUUUCCAUAAUCUCAAAAACAUAAUUUUGAAUUUUUGCAUAGCACUUCAAAUAACAAUUGUAGUUACAUGUAAAACAAUAUGUCUCAUUCCUGUAACUUUUAUGAUCUUGUUCUCUUAUUGUUGGCAUUGUUGCAAGUCAUUGUUGAAAAAAGAGGAAACAAUUGCAUCCGACAACAAUGUCAGGUCAGAGAUGGAGCAAUAUACUCGAUAUGCUUUACAGAUUGAAGACGAAGCAAAACUCUCAAAGAGAAUACUAAGAAAUGCACUAAAAGCUAUAACUCGAGUUCUUCAUGAGUCUGAAAAGAAAGAGCCAAGUAAACUUAUGAAGCUUCUUGAGAAAUCUACCGGAUUCGAUGGAGUUGUAGACUUUGACAACGAAGACGUCCCACCUUUGCACACGGAUGCGCCCCAUAGGUGUUGGAGCCUAGUAGCAAUAACAUUAACCGGUGUUGCUUUGGCACUUCCGAACAUUGAAAAGUGCAAUGUCAAGGGGUUUCUUGCAAGCAUGAGUGAAGGCCUCGAAUUUGUACAAUACAUUGAAGAAAGCCUGAAUGCAAAUGAUGAUUUAGUCGAGGUAAGAAAAACAUCUAGACGUGUGUGGACAGAAGUUGAACUAUAUGGCAGGUGGCUUCAAAUAGAUCUUCAAAAGAAUGCUCUAAAAGGAAAAACAUCAAAGGAAAUUCUUCGGUGCUUGGCCGAUGAAAUGGUAAAAACCGUGAUAGAGCACAAAAGCUACAAAAAUGGUAAUCAAGAUCAGUCACCUCAUAAGCUUAUAGCUGCAAGUUCCAUGUAUAGAAUCAGUGAAACCAUACUACUCCACUGUAAUGAUCAAGAAAAUUGGCCGACGGAUGUGGAGCUCUUCGAGUGGAUAUCAGUUACCGCCGCAGAUAUAUUAUGCGCCUGCUUUACCAACCUCCCAUCCGUCAUAAAAAUGAAGUGUCAUGAUGUUGCUAUAGAGAAAAGGGAACACAAAAUCAAAACAGCUGCUCAGCUUCUUGGUAGAUCCAAAAAGAUUCUAAAGAUGCUUAAAGCGCGCCAGCUUCCUAAAUUAGAUGCGGAUUCAAUGGCAUACAUUGAUAAGUGGCAUACAUUAUCCAAGAGCGAGAUACAGAUGCCCAGUGGUUCGUCUUCUUCAGGGACUGAUUCUGACAUUCCUGAUAAGUUUUAUAGUAGAAGGUCUGUUUUGUUACUUUAUCGUUAUGCAGGGACUGUUCUUGUGAAAAAGAAAACUUGGAGUAAAAUAUCUGGGUUUCUCCUCUCAUUCAUUCGAGUGUUCACCUCUUUUUUCUGUGACCAUUCAAUGGUUACAAAGCUACGUGGUUUCACACGUAGCUUGCCAAACCGAGGUUACCCAAACUGUGCCCAAAGCCGUGACCUUGACGGCGGUGUAGCCGCGUGGUUUGGGCCAAACCGCGACUCCAAGUCGUUGGAUUUAGAUCAAGUGAAAAACUAUUUGUUUUUGGAGACAGAGCUUAACGGUUCGGUCGGGGUUCUUUUGGAAGCAGCAAUUCUACGGGCAGGGGCGGAUCCAUAG